UAUCCAAGCAUAUCGCCUGUCUCUAUUUCUUCUAGCUACUGGAUGAACUCCCAAUGAUUUACAGCUGUUGUGUAUUUGUGUACUGCAUGUUUGAAUGUUUCAAGAACAAGAAUUCAGUAAACUACCAUCUGCUUUUUACUUUAGUUCUAUUCAGUUUAAUAGUUACCACAGUUUACCUUAAGGUGAAAGAACCUAUAUUCCAUCAGGUCAUGUACGGGAUGUUGGUCUUCACAUUAGUGCUUCGGUCUAUUUAUAUUGUGACGUGGGUUUAUCCAUGGCUUAGAGGACUGGGUUAUACCUCCUUGGGUAUAUUUUUAUUAGGAUUUUUAUUAUGGAACAUAGAUAACAUCUUUUGUGAUUCACUGAGGAACUUCCGAAAGAAGCUGCCGCCUAUCAUAGGUGUCACCACCCAGUUCCAUGCAUGGUGGCACAUCUUAACUGGCCUUAGUUCUUACCUUCACAUCCUUUUCAGCUUAUAUACAAGAACUCUUUACCUGAGAUACAGGCCAAAAGUGAAGUUUCUUUUUGGAAUCUGGCCAGUGAUCCUGCUUGAGCCUCUCAGGAAGCACUGAUGAAUUAUUCCAGCCAAGAAAACAAAGAACACCCACCAUCGGCCGGCAAAACGAAUAAAGAAAUCCCUAAAGAUCUACAUGUCCAAAUGUAUCAUGGCCAUCGCACCAAAGGAGUGACUUUCUGACUAAUGCUGCCCGCCGCAGAGAAUGAGUGGGGCCUGGUGGGUGUUCAGCUCAUGGCUUUAUCACAUUCGUCCUCUCCCCCCUUACCCUAAGAUGUUCUUAAACAGAUACAAUGUACACGUAUGUACUUGA